CUGUGAGAGCAGGCGCCCCCCCCAUCGCGCGCACAGUGUGUCUGCAGCACCUGGAACUGUAAAUGUUUGUCCAAUGAAAGGAUGAGGACGGAGAUGGUGGAGGUCGAUCUGGGCAACUGGCUUCCGGUCCAGCGCCCUCCCCAGGUUUCUGGUGAAACGGGCGGAGAUGCCGUGCUGAGGCCCUGCUUCCUCCUCAGUCCCUCUCUCCCCACCCACAGGUUUGUUCUCAUGAACAAGAUGGAUGACCUCAAUCUGCACUACCGGUUUCUGAACUGGCGCCGGCGGAUCCGGGAGAUUCGGGAGGUCCGGGCCUUCCGGUAUCAGGAGAGGUUCAAGCACAUUCUUGUAGAUGGAGACACUCUGAGUUACCAUGGAAACUCUGGUGAAGUUGGCUGCUAUGUGGCUUCUCGACCUCUGACCAAGGACAGCAAUUAUUUUGAGGUGUCUAUUGUGGACAGUGGUGUCCGAGGCACCAUUGCUGUGGGGCUGGUCCCUCAGUACUACAGUUUGGAUCACCAGCCUGGCUGGUUGCCUGACUCUGUAGCCUACCAUGCUGAUGAUGGCAAGCUGUACAAUGGCCGAGCCAAGGGCCGCCAGUUUGGAUCAAAGUGCAACUCUGGGGACCGGAUUGGCUGCGGUAUUGAGCCUGUGUCCUUUGAUGUGCAGACUGCUCAGAUCUUCUUCACCAAAAAUGGGAAGCGGGUGGGCUCCACCAUCAUGCCCAUGUCCCCAGAUGGGCUGUUCCCAGCAGUGGGCAUGCACUCCCUGGGUGAGGAGGUACGGCUGCACCUCAACGCUGAGCUGGGCCGUGAGGAUGACAGUGUCAUGAUGGUAGACAGUUAUGAGGAUGAAUGGGGCCGGCUGCAUGAUGUCAGAGUCUGUGGAACUCUGCUGGAGUACUUGGGCAAGGGCAAGAGCAUCGUUGAUGUAGGGCUGGCGCAGGCCCGGCACCCACUGAGCACUCGGAGCCACUACUUCGAGGUGGAGAUCGUAGACCCUGGAGAGAAAUGCUACAUCGCCUUGGGGCUGGCCCGGAAGGAUUAUCCCAAGAACAGGCACCCUGGCUGGAGCAGAGGGUCUGUGGCUUAUCAUGCAGAUGAUGGGAAGAUCUUCCAUGGCAGUGGUGUGGGGGACCCCUUUGGGCCACGCUGUUACAAAGGGGACAUUAUGGGCUGUGGGAUCAUGUUCCCGCGGGACUACAUUCUGGACAGCGAGGGUGACAGUGAUGACAGUUGUGACACAGUGAUUCUGUCCCCGACUGCCCGAGCCGUCCGGAAUGUCCGGAAUGUUAUGUACCUGCACCAGGAAGGGGAAGAGGAAGAGGAGGAAGAGGAAGAGGAAGAUGAUGGGGAAGAGAUAGAGCAGGAGCAUGAGGGCAAGAAGGUGGUGGUGUUCUUUACUCGGAAUGGCAAGAUCAUUGGGAAGAAGGAUGCUGUGGUACCCUCUGGGGGCUUCUUCCCCACCAUCGGAAUGCUGAGCUGUGGCGAGAAAGUCAAAGUGGACCUGCACCCCCUGAGUGGCUAGGGAUUUUCUCACACACCGGCCCCUUCUCUCUCUCCUGCCCCUUUACAGGACCGGGUACCCAGUUCCUGACUUCCCUGAGGAUUUCUUUACCUGAGGCCCCAAGGGUAUAGUCACUCUGCCCCUACUAGGUUAGGCCCCUGCCAAGCCCAUAUUUCUGACCCGGUGCCACCCCUAUCAUCAGUCCCUGGGCCCUAGUCCCUGGUUGGACAGGGGCAGACCCAAAUAUAGUGUUCUAUCGGUGGGUCCCACUCGCUUUGGUCAGGGGCUCCACGUCCCACUGUCCCCACUGGCCCAUAUGGGUGGAGAGGAGUGAGCACCCUGCCUCAGCUGCUGUUUGGGCCUGAGGCUCUGCAGAGGGUGGAGCAGACAGCCCCUCCCCUAUUUCCCACAGUAUUUCUUUUUGCAUUUCUUCUUUUUUGUUCCCUGUCCUCAUGAUGGGAAUCAGUUGCUGCUAUCAUCCCCCUGGCUGGGCCAGGGGCCCUCUCUCCUUCCACUCACUGCUGUCCCUAGAGUCUCUGUCCUUUCUCCUGAGAACCGCUUUCUCCCUCACCACCUGUUCAGGCACCAGAGGUCCACAGAGAAUCAGUCUCCGGCUCCCCCAGCUGGACACACAUAAAUGGGUGUUUAAUGGUGUGAGAGAGGGGCUCUCAGGUGGGGGGCAGAGACUGAGGCCUUUGUGCCAUCCUUUGUCUACCAGUGGCCCCCUUUUGUCUAGUUCCCUGGGAUGCAGGCUGAGCAUGUCUCUCCUGUGGUAGAGAGGCGGACUCCAGUGCCCUCACCGGGGGGUCCCCGAGGGCAGCUGGACUCCUCUCCCCUUCCUCCCCUGCUUGCUGCCUGUGCCAGUUGUCCGUUUUGCUUCAGUGUUUGAUUCCAGCACUUAUGUGUGUCUUCCCCCACCAAGACCUCGUCUCCUAGCCCCUUGACCCCUGACCCCCUCUCCAUACAGUGACUUCUCCUGGGAGGAAGCAGGAGCAGAAGCUGUUGGCCUUGGUUUGCACAGAGCGGAUAGGGCUUUGGGGAAAGGGGGGGUAGCUGUUGUGCUGCUGGGGCUGCCCCGUGGGCCCUCCCUUCAGUCCCUGCACUAUGAUGUAUGAAAUGUAUGUACAGACAGAGAUGUUUAUACAGCCAAUAAAGAUGGAGUUUCCAUAUUUAUCAGCAUG